UUAGCCAACACACUUUGUUGUAAGUUUUAACCAAGGGUGUUCUAGACCAAUCUACACACAUUAGCUUGAACCCGGUUGACAACAUUAAAUCCCUUACAGAUUUGUUACUGAAAAAUGAGACAAAAAAAGAGCAUUUAUGGCAUUACGACUGUAUACCAUUAGUGAUCUCAAAUAAUAAGCUGAUGACCAUGUAUUUUAAUAUUACAGCCAAACUGCUAGAAGUUAAUGAGGUUGUUGUGCGUCAAACAUGUUCGACGACUCAGUCAUGCACUUGCAAAAUAACAAUUUAGACUGAUUCUCCCACAAAUAUUCUGAUGGCAUCUUUGCUUAUCUUUUUUUUUUUUACCAAAAGUAGCAUUUUCUUCAAUUACCCCGCUAAAAUGUCAAUGGCCAUUGUUGGCUCGUUUGGGACAUUGCUCCGCCCCUUGUGUUUGUCGUAAACCUGGCGCCUGGCUAGAAUAAACCCCAAGAUAAGAGCGUACACUGCUUGCCUCCUCCAAGGCGAUCAAUUGGGUCUCAGGCAGAGUAGGAGAACUCACAUAUUGAGCAGUGGAGAGGCGCAUCCUGCACCGCACCACCGCUUGUGGCAGUCUCGGAAAUUUUACCUGCGGGCUGAAUCAUGUCCUUGAGCCCUAAGCACUCAACUCCUUUCUCAGUGACAGACAUUUUGAGCCCGAUGGAGGAGACCUACAAAAAGUUUGGUUGCAUGGAGGGAACAGGGAACCUUUCCUCUCCGCUUGGCGCGUACCGACAACAGCAGGUAUCUCAACCGAGCAUGCAACAACAUGCCAUGGCUCACAACACCGCUGUUGCUACUACCUACCACAUGCCCCACGGGGUGUCUCAGUUCACACACUCGGCCAUGGGAGGAUACUGUAACGGGAGCAUUGGCAAUAUGGGCGAUCUCCCAUCUUACCAAGAUACCAUGAGGAACGGCGCAACGGCAACGGCUUGGUAUGGCGCAAAUACCGAAACCCGCUACCCAGCAAUCUCUAGAUUCAUGGGGACACCGACUGGCAUGAAUAUGGCUGGAAUGGGCACCUUGACCGGGAUGGAUGGCUCCAAAUCUAUGGUGACAUUACACUCCGCUCCCCGACGGAAGCGUCGUGUCUUGUUCUCUCAGGCUCAGGUGUACGAGCUGGAAAGGCGCUUUAAACAGCAGAAGUAUCUCUCGGCUCCGGAGAGGGAGCACCUGUCCAGCAUGAUCCACCUCACCCCGACACAGGUCAAGAUUUGGUUCCAGAACCACAGGUACAAAAUGAAACGCCAAGCCAAGGACAAAGUGUCAGUACAGCUACAGCAGGAGAGUGGCAAUUUGUGCCCACAGACGCAGUCGCCAAGACGGGUGGCAGUUCCCGUCCUCGUAAAGGACGGCAAGCCGUGCCAGAACGGUUCCAGCACACCGACGUCGGUGCACCAGCAGGUGCAACAACAAAGCCUAUCUACUGAUGUGAUGACUGCGGCAGGCAAUACAAUCCUUCAGCAUCAGAGCCAGGUAGUCCACCCCUUGGGCUCCCCUGAAGACCUGGACGACAUGUCACCGAGCCCUCCUAUCCUACACGGUCAGAUGGGCAACAUGUCUCAGACGGAUGCUGCACUGAUCGAAUAUACUAGUAACAUAGUCAACUCCAACCUGCUCUAUGGCAGAACUUGGUAGAGUUGGUGGGCAAUUGCUAUAAUCCGUUUUUGUAAUUUUCCACGCGACAACUGAAAAAGGAUUUUUGGGCAAUAUUAAAAAGGAACUCUUUUUCUGGACGCAAGACAACGCCUUCUAAAAUCUACAUUUUUUUUAACACCUGAAAGGACAGUUUGCCAAUGUAUACAAGAGAUCAGUCUCUUAUUUCAAUAUAUUUUGACACAUUACGCAACACGUCAAACUGUUAAAAUUACAUUUUUCUAAUAUAUGGGAACGGGGGAAACAUUUUGUUAAUUAAAAAUCUACAAAAAAAGCCAAUUUUCAACUAAUUAUUCUACCUGAUGAAACUGAACAAUACUUUUUAGGGGCUUGGGGAUUGUACAUAUCUGACACAACGGUCAGCAUCUACGUAUUACUCUGUUACAAAUGUACAUUGUGUUUUACUUCAAAUAUUUUGUAAGUUAAUCAUAAUGCUAUGGCUGCUGAAAUACAUAUAUAUUGGAAAAAACAAAUCACAUUUAAAUAUGAUAAUAAAUAAUGUGACGGAAAA